AGACGUAUGGGCGUGCUAGGAGAUUGGAUGACUACUCACGUAGCCCUCGCUAUGAGCCUGACGGGGGUAGAGGCGACUCUCGUGGCCGGUGGGAGUCGGAUCAGGGCCGGUGAGACGGAUACAGAGAUGGCAGAUAUGCGAGAUCGGACCGAGAUGGACAUAGGGACGACAAAUAUGAGAGAUCUGACCGAGAUGGAUAUAGAGAUGACAUAUAUGAGAGGACGGAUCGAGACGGAUACAGGGGCGGCAGAUAUGAGAGAGGGGAUCGACCCGAUGAUUCACGCGGGGGAUACGACCGAGGAGACCGGCGUGAUGAUUCACGCGGGCGGUAUGACCGAGGAGACCGACGAGAUGAUUUACGGGGGUGGUACGACCGAGGAGACCGACGUGAUGAUUCAGGCGGGCGAUACGAUUGAGGAGACCGACGUGACGAUUCACGCGGGCGAUACGAACACGGAGACCGCCGCAAUGAUUCGCGCGGCAGGAAUGAGAGAGGGGGAUAUGACGCUUCUGCAGAACCGUAUCCGAAGUCCCCUAACCCAGAGCAGCGAAAGGUUCGACCUCCAGAGGCGCAAACGACAGGUCGCCCACUCCCAGGAACUCUUGCAUAAUCUGGGAGAUGUAUCGAUGUUCCCUUCGAUGAAGGAGAACGUCGAAGCAAGGAGAGUAAAGCCGAGUAGAGGAAAGGAGCCGGUCAGGAGCCAGAGCAUCAAGAUAACUUUUGAGGGGGAUAUGGCGACCACACCCAUAAGGGUGGCAGCCACCAAGUCGGUGAGAGGGUCUACAUCGAAGAAGACUGACACGGAUUACGUGAUGGCGGAGAAGGACGGGCAACGAAUCGAUGGAGAGGAGGUUAUUCUUUCGCCGCGAAAACGGGGAGUGAAGAAGUUCUUGAUGAAGAGUUCGUUGGACGAGAUUGACACAGUCGAGCCACUGAGACGGGCCCUUCGGCAGCCCAUGCAGUGCUGUAUUCUCGAGUACCUAGCGGCAUCGAAGCCGGCUCGCGAUGAGUUACAGAUAAUCAUGCGGAAGACUCGCAUACCUCUAUCGGAGGAGGCUUAGGGGGCCCCUAAGGCGGAUGCUCCUGCUGUAGCAGUAACGUAGGUGACUGCUAGAGCGG